AUGGAGUAUACAGUAUAUGGCUACGAGGGUAAUCCGAGAACACGGAUUCUCCGAAUCAUUGCACACUCUCAAGACAUCAAGGUCAAUCUGUCAGAGGUAGUACCACGUCAAAAUCUCAACAGAGAUGCAUUGAUGGAAAAGUUCCCUCGGAGUCGGGGCAAGAUUCCCGCGCUCGAGGGAGACAAGGUCAAAUUGACCGAGGUGCCUGCCAUUGCCUAUUACCUCGCAAAAGUGAAGCCAGGCCGCCUACUUGGUGAUGGCUCGCUCGAGCAAGAGGCCGAGGUCCUGUCCUGGGUGAACUGGGCAAACCAAGAACUGCUCGUCAUCAUGAGCAAGUGGUUCCUGCCCCUCAUCCCCGGACUGGCCCGACCCGCGCCGUACGACCAUGCCGCUGUCGAAGCGGGCAAAGCCGCCACGCUCGCGUUCCUCGACAACCACGAGGCGGCCAUCAAGGACAAAAAGUUUCUUGUCGGCAACGAUUUCACGCUCGCGGAUAUUUUUGUCGCCGUUUACAUUUCGCGCGGGCUCGAGUGGAUUCUCGGCGACGAGUGGCGCCGGCAGCACCCGGCGACCAUGAAGCACUUUAACCUGGUUGCCAACUGGGAGCACUGCAAGGCGGUUGUGCCCGUGUUUAAGCAGGUCGACGUGGAAGUGGCCAAUGUGAAUCCAUACGCUGCUUAG